UUGUGUUAGGUACAACACAACAUACUGCUGUGCCUUCUCUUUUCCACUCUGUAGUCUUCACACAGAAUCAUCAAAGCUCUCUAAAAAUGGCGAUUCAAAAUCUACCAUUACUGCUAAUGUUUCUACUAAUCUCAUCAUUAACCCUUGUAACACAAUCACGUAGUGACACUAAUCACGUGUACUCACCUUGUGCUGACACAAAAGUGCAGAAAUCAGAUGGAUUUAGUUUUGGAAUAGCAUUUGCUUCAAGAACUUCGUUUUUCCAAAACUCAGUUCAGUUGUCUCCUUGUGAUAAGAGGUUAUCACUUUCGUCAGCAAAUUCUCAACUUGCUGUUUUCAGGCCUAAAGUGGAUGAGAUCUCUCUUCUUACAAUUAAUACAUCCAACUUCUUUCCAGAUUCUUAUGGAGGCUACAUGGUUGCAUUUGCUGGUCGGAAAUAUGCUGCUAGGUCUUUGCCUGCUUUCGUUGCUAAUAGUACAUUCACUGUAACAAGUUUUACUCUGGUACAUGAAUUCAAAAAGGGUAGGCUGGAAAACUUGUAUUGGAAGAGAGAUGGAUGCUCGUCUUGCUCAGGCAACUCUAACUUUGUGUGCCUUAACGGUCAGGACUGUGCUAUCAGGACUAAUAACUGCAAGAAUCGAGGUGGCAAUGUUGAUUGUAGCCUCGGGAUACAACUUACGUUUUCUGGAACUGAUAAGCAUGAAUCCGUUUUCAAUUCAUGGUUUGAAGUGAAGAAUCUUCGCCAGUAUUCUCUAUAUGGCCUAUAUUCCAAUCUCAGGGGUUCUCUCACCGAUCAAUACAGCAAAUUCUUCUGAUUGUUUCUGUAUGUUUGUAUGUAGAGUUGUAUUUUGUAAUUUACUUGUCUUAUAGUGGUUUCUCUUACUCUAUUUAUGAGUGUUCUUUGAAUAUCUUGAUGGCUUUGUAAUCUGUUUUUGUACUUGUAUGCUUGUAGUUCGGUUUUUAUUGUUUGGUUGAUUAUAUUUUCUUGUUGGCUGUUGCCCACAAUAUAUAUUGAACUUUGAUUUGUCCUGGUUAA